AUGCGUGGUCUGUCGUUAAACAAAGAGCAUUUGUGUGCUGCGGCCCCGCCCCUGACCCGCAGCGCUCGCGCGUCUGUUCGCCGCAGGCCGGCCGUGCGGCGUCGCCGUUUGGGCACAGCUCGGGCGUGGCCCCGCGGCCGGCGCGCCGGCGCCGACGAGCGCCCGCGUGAUGCGCGCGCCAAGCUGGGCGCGCAGCGCGCCCCGACUCCGGCGCCCGCGCCCCGCCGCCGAGGAGGGCCAGGGUCAUUGGCAGCGGUGCGCGUCACGCCCGCCGCGCAGGACCGGCGUCGAACCAGAGGCCCGCCGCCAUACCCGCCCGGCGACCUCUCGCCGUGCCGCCGCCAGAAGCCACCUGCUGCCCUAGAGAUUGCCCCCGCGCCGCAGCAAAGCGUGACGCCCCGUCUCCCGGGCACGGCGCCGCCCAGCCGCUGGACGCCGCUCCCUACGGACGUUGCUGCUGCCCGUGGGCACGCCCACCCCGCGCCAGCCCAACGCCCUGCAGGCCGGAACCCAUUGGACUACACUCUGUGCGAGCAUUUAGACGAAUUGCGAGAGCACCAGAUGACCCAGAAAGCCCAGUUAGCUCGCGACCCAUUGGCACAGUGGGGCUCCAGCCUGCAACAGCACCGUUUUUCGUUCUUGGUUAGCAGAGGACGUGCGUCAUCUGCUGAGAGGCGUGUCGAUGACACUCACCGGAAGUUGAUCGUCUUUGGGCGUCGAUGCGGAGCUGUAGAGGUAAGAAGCGCCAGGCGGUCUGUGAGUGCACCCACACGUUGGCCGCUCUGCGUCCACCUUCCACGUCGUUGGGCGAAGACGAGCGUGCGGGGUUUUGUUCUGCGCCACCAGCCCCGAUGGUCGUGGGUUCGGAUUAGUGCGGGCGCCGUGACGCCAUCUCCCGCCGGCGCCGCCCAGCCGCUGACGCCCGCUCCCUACGACGUGCUGCUGCCCGUGGGCACGCCCACCCGCGCCAGCCCCAACGCCCUGCAGCCGGGCGCCCUCAAGCCGUCUGAGGCGGCGCUGGAGGGCGCGGGCUCGACCGGCGGGCAGCGCUCGCGCGUCGAGGUGCGCAAGGGCCCCAACGGCCAGGACUACGAAUACGAAUACGUCUACUACUACUACGACGACGAGGAAGGCGGCGACGCCGACGCCAAGCGGCCCCGGCCCGCUCCACACGACCACCCACCACAACCACCACCACCACGACCACCACGACACCCGCGCCCACCCCGCGGCGCGUCUUCCGCCGCAACGGCGGCGGGCGCGCGCGGCAUCCGCGGCCGCGGCGCCAGACCACCCCGCCCCCCGCGCCCCGCCCGCCGAGGAGCCGCGCCCCCGCCGCCCCCAAGGACGCAGGGCCAGGGCCGCCACGCUAACACCACCAUCGACCGCAGCCGCAGCGCCGCCGCCGCGGAGGCCGGCCGCCGCCCCGCGAACGCCGUCAACGAGGUGCUCCCCGCGCUGCGCCCCUCCGGAGGGAAGGUCCCGUGCGCUUCCUGGGCGUUGGGACGCUCUGAAGAGAGCCCCGAAGCAGCCGGCACCUGUCCAGCCACCGCACCCGCGGGCGCGCCGCCCCCUCCGCCGCCGCCCGCCGCCGCCACCACCACGGCCCCCGAGAGCACCGCGCCCACCACCCCCGCCCCCGAGGCGCCGGCGUUCCCGCCGCGGCCCCGCGCCACCGCGCCCCCGCGUUUGAAGACCACCGCACCUGUUGUUCGGUAA